GAAGUGAUGCCUCACCGUCCUGAGGGUGGUAAGACGCCGCUUUCUCCUCGUCGCGGGAGGCUGCGCGGGGAGCACGGCCUCGGCCUCGCUGGGGUCCUGUCGCAGCUUUCCUCGAGGCCUUCCUCCGGCUGCUUCCCUGCCGAAAAGGGCCCGUCGUCUGCUGGGGCGUGCGCUGGGGCACCCUUGUUUCUGUACGGUUAGCUUCGGUGGUGUAUCGUGAAGGAGUAGAGUCGUUUGUGUUCUCCUUCAGGUCUAACGCUGAGAAGACAAAACCUGGUUCACCGCUCGACGCCUGUCUUUGCUUAGGGUAGGAUCUCCUUGGAGCUUGGCUGACCAGGGCUGCUCUUGGCUGGAAACCAUGAGGAAAUACUUUCCAUAAAAGUGUCACGCAACUGAAGCCAUGGCAUCUUCAGCUAACUUAGACACCGGGGCCCAGCUAAUUGUGGAAGAGUGUACCACUAGUUACAGCCUUCCACCCAUGCCAGACAUCAAGGUGGAGCACCAGCUUGACUCCAGCACAGAGGAGGGCCCAUCCCAGAGUGUGGCCAUGGGCAUGAAGUUCAUUUUACCCAAUAGAUUUGAUAUGAACGUCUGCUCGCGAUUUGUGAAGUCUCUGAAUGAGGAGGACAGUAAAAAUAUUCAAGACCAAGUUAACUCUGACCUGGAAGUGGCAUCUGUCCUGUUUAAAGCUGAAUGCAACAUCCGUACUUCUCCUUCACCUGGUAUCCAAGUAAGACAUGUUUAUACUCCAUCAACUACUAAGCAUUUCUCACCAAUAAAACAGUCAACUACCCUAACUAACAAACACAGGGGAAAUGAAGUCUCUACAACACCUCUGCUUGUAAACUCUUUAUCAGUUCACCAGCUGGCUGCUCAGGGAGAAAUGUUGUAUCUGGCCACACGUAUUGAACAGGAAAAUGUAAUCAAUCAUAAGGAUGAAGAAGGAUUUACCCCUCUGAUGUGGGCUGCAGCUCAUGGGCAGAUAGCAGUGGUGGAAUUUCUCCUCCAGAAUGGUGCGGAUCCUCAGAUUCUGGGGAAAGGGCGAGAAAGUGCCCUCUCACUGGCUUGCAGCAAAGGGUACACAGAUAUUGUGAAAAUGCUGCUUGACUGUGGAGUUGAUGUCAAUGAGUAUGACUGGAAUGGAGGUACGCCUCUACUGUAUGCAGUGCAUGGGAACCAUGUGAAAUGUGUAAAAAUUCUUCUUGAAAGUGGUGCUGAUCCAACUAUCGAAACAGAUGCUGGCUAUAAUUCCAUGGAUUUGGCUGUAGCCUUGGGCUAUCGGAGUGGUAGGUAUUGCAAAUGUACAUUCUUUAAUUUUUGGUUUUGCUGCUCCUUCCUCAUGCAGCUGUGGUAGUGGCCUAAUAGAGUUUUAUUAGUUACAAAGCUGAAAGAAAAUCCCUAUUCUCAGAGCCUUAACACACCUAAAUAUAUCAGCAUAAAAUUAGUACUUUUCCUUAUUGGUUCAGAAAGCCAAGUCCCUGAUGAGAGAAAAUGGCACUAGUGUGAAUCUACAUCUGUGGGCAUGUAUAAGGGAGCGUGUAGGUCUGUUGCAGUCAUAAUCCAGUCAGGGAGAGAUGAGCUGCUCCCCAGCCCUGUGCAAGGACUGUGAGUUGUACUGGACAAUAAUAACAGUGCAUCCAGCCCUUCCAAACCACUCAACCCAGUGCACUGUUUCAUUGGUGUGAGAUGCAGUUGGCAAAACUUCUUGCUUGUACUAGCUCUGGUUUGCCUUGAAGGCAGACAUAAAGAAUGAAGACAUUAAUGAAGUAGGCUACCCUAUUUGGCUCUGGAAGAUAAAGAGGCAAAGAUUGGAUUCUUCACAGAUUUAUUUUUUUUUCCCCUCGUGAUGCCUUCAGUUUGAAAGCUGUGAAGUAUCUGUUGUUACACAAUCUGGAACUGAAUCUAAAAUAAGCCAGAACUGCACAUGUUGCUCUUCCAAACAGAGUCCUAAUACACAUGUGGGGGAGCCAGUAACUUCAGAGGUAUUUAGAUGUAGGGCUCCUUCAAGAGUUCAAUCUCAAAAUGCUUAAGAGAUGUAGUUUCCAAUAAGCCAUUUAUACAUUUUGAGAUUUGCUUGGCAUAUGCCUAUUCAACCAGAGAACAGAUCAUCAUCCCCAUCUGCCUUCAAACUAUUUACAUUGUUUUUUAUUAUAUGAGGUGCUUCUUUUCUGAAGGAAUGUAAACUGCCUUCUCAGAGUGAAUUAAUUCCUGUCUGUCAGUAUCUGCCAGAAAAGCAGUACAGACCUUAAAGACUUGAAAAAACAUUGAACCCUGAUUAACCCAAAUCAUUUCUUGGCUUUAGUUCAACAGGUUAUUGAGUCUCAUUUAUUAAAGCUACUUCAAAGUAUCAAGGAAUAACAGCUGGUUCUUUCAUGGCUGUCAGUUGUCGUCUUCGAGGUUUUGACUCCAUUUUAGCCCCGUAAUCACUGAAAAGAGGUGUUUGUUUUGUAAGUUUACCUCAGUUCAGCUAUUUGCUGGUUUUACUUAAGCCAGGCAUGUCCAACCUGUGGCCUGCCCCCUGCCCCAGACCAUCAUGUCAGUGGCUCUGUCAAACAGUAUUACCGUGCUCUAUGUAUUGGUUGUAGUCUCCCAGAAAAUAAAUAGGAUACAUUACUUUUGAAACAGACUACGUAUUUGCAUCCCAAAAUAAUUCUUAUUCACCCAGUUUGACCCAGACAAACCAACAGGUUGGACACCCAUGACUUAAGCUUUUAAAUAUGCUUUCUCUUUCAUAGAAAAAUGUGACGUCAUCCUUUUCUUAAAUGUAUUUUAUAUAACCUUGAAAGAAAAGGUCUGUUCUCAAGCAUGAAAAACUGAAUGAA